GAAAUAAUCAUUUGAUGAGUUCCCGUUCUGCUCUCAGCCUAUUCUACAAAAGUCGACCAUAGUGCCCACCCUCUGCUGUUGGUGGGCUUUCCCCUAUCUACCUGACUCUUAACUUUCAACCGGUUUACCUCAUAAUUUCCCACCCCCUCCGCCUACCUACACAUCUGCUACACGAUCGAUCUCCCCCCGAUCGGCCGUGAUGGAAAUCUCUCGAGUCCUGAAUUACAUUGACGAAGCGCCCAAAUGGGUGGGAAUGGGGGGCACAGACGACACCAGACAACUCCCAAGACAACAACAACAACAACAACCACAACCACAAUCAGAGCCCCGGCCAUCACCUGAACUACAAAGCCAAUCGUCCGAAGAAUCCUCCCCUCAUCCCCUCCCCCUCCCCCUUCCCUUCCCCCGAUCGGCCAUCACCACCACAACCACCUCCACCUCCACCACCACCAACACGAACCCAACCUCACAUACCAUAAUCCGCAACAAGAAACCCAUUCCGCGACAGGCGGGACGCGGAUACGCCCCGAAGAGCCGAGCCGCGCUGGCGUGCAACUCGUGUCGACAGGGGAAAUUCAAGUGCACCGGCGAGAAGAACCAAUGUCAGCGGUGUGCCAUGCUGGGCAAACAAUGCUGGUACCCGGCCCAUAAGCGCGAGCGGAUUCAGAGGGAGAUGGAUCAGCUGGUCACGGAGGCGAAUGAGUAUCGCUUGAUGCUGGAGCUGCUGCUUUCACGGGUCAAUAAAGAAGACGCGGAGGAUAUUUCGGCCCUACUGUUCAAGUAUGAAAAGUAGGGGUGAUGGACGUGGACGUGACUUGCAUUCCUCGGCACUAAUUAGACGACUGGAUCGGCGAAUCUCCUGAAAGCUGGAGAAAACUUGGGCAAAAUUCA